AUUUUCGGUCGCUUGAGCAAGAUGGCUGGCGUGGACGGCGCAACCCACCCGAGUGCGCCGCUACUUCCUGUGCGAACCCCAUGGUUGGGUGCCUCAAAAAUGCGAAAAUAUGCCACCCACGUCAUUGUGAUCACGCUGGUCUCGUUGACGUUCGUCUUCCACUCGAUCGAUCGAUCCAGGCCGCUGGCAUCGCUGUCGAAACGAGUUGCAUUCGGAGGCGACCUUCGUCAACGCUGUGAAGAACACUUCAUUCUCCAGCCGUUGGACCACUUCGACGCCUCGUCCGACUUGUUCUCCCAGCGGUACUUUGUGUGCGAUGAAUUCGCCGCACUUGAUGCAAACCCUCCUAUCUUUUUCUACACUGGCAACGAAGGCAACGUCGAGCUCUAUUUGAACCAUACCGGACUGAUGUGGGAAUCUGCGCCCACGUUUGGUGCGCGACUCGUGUUUGCGGAACAUCGUUACUUUGGUCAAUCCUUGCCCCCUCAACGUGCAAAUCAGUCGCGACAUGAGUAUGCUGCCCAUUGCUCGUCUCAGCAAGCUUUGGCUGACAACGCCGUCCUCCUCAACCACCUGCGUGCGAACACUUUGACGCGCGUCAUUGCGUUUGGAGGAUCGUAUGGAGGCAUGCUCGCCGCUUGGAUGCGGUUGAAGUACCCCCACUUGGUGCAAGGAGCGAUUGCGUCGUCCGCGCCGAUGUUGAGCUUCCUCGGAUUCAAUCCACCCAUGGACAUGGAGAGUUUCUCCAGAGUCGUCACGUACGAUGCAAGUCCCGCGGCAGGGUCGGCGCCGCGGUGCGCUCCCAACAUCAAGCGCGUGUGGCCAUUGGUAUUUGGCUUGGGUGAUUCACACGAAGGGCGCACGAAAUUGGCCAGUGUAUUUCAGCUGUGUCAGCCCCUCCAAAGCCCCGACGACGUGGCCGCAUUGACCGACUGGCUGAAGGAUGCCUAUGAUACGCUAGCCAUGGGAAACUACCCGUAUCCCUCGAGCUACAUGACGAACGGAGAGCGCUUGCUACCAGCGUUCCCCAUGCGGGAAGCUUGUUCGCUCUUGGCGGACAACCUGGAGGACACGACAAAGCUCCUUCAGGCCAUGCUUGCCAGUGUGAACGUCUACUACAAUUCGACAGGAGCAGUCAAGUGCCACUCAAUCGCUUCCAACGGCGACGACGAUGAGGAUGACUUCUGGGACUAUCUGAACUGUGCAGACAUGUAUACCCCACUUGACGCAACAGGAGGGGACAACGACAUGUUUUGGCGAGCUUUGCACAACCAAACCGAGGACGAGCGACAGUGCCAAGAGAAAUGGGGCGUCAAAAUGCGUCCAUUUUGGCCAUCCAUCGUGUAUGGCGGCGUUGAAGCGUUCGCCACGUCCAGCAACAUUGUGUUCACCAAUGGAGAGUACGAUCCGUGGGCUCCCACUGGCAUCCUGACGUCCUUGUCCGACACCGUGAUCGCAUUGAAGAUUGCAGAAGGAGCUCAUCAUGUAGAUCUCAUGUUUAGCAACCCGUUGGACCCGCCCGCACUGCGGAUGGCGCGCGAGGUACAGCGCGACCACAUCCGCAAGUGGGUCCAAGUCCACUCGACGACUUAACUGUAAGGUUGAUUGUUCGGUGAAACUCUGUAGCUUUUUAUUGGUUGCAAUAGAUCCAAUGAAAAGUGCUAAUUCAACUAAAACUAUAUUGAUUGGGUGUAAUAUAACCAAUCCUAUGUUCA